AUGUGUGUCAUCGAGGAGAAGAUCUAUCAACACUCCAAUGGACGUCAAGAGAUCCAGAUACACGAGCGUCGCUGCCACAAUGCUUCGGGCAGCGGUCUAUGUCAACAUGUGGAACGAAAAGCAGCUGGACCUGUGCAAAUCAGCGAAAUAAGGCCAUCAUCCUCGACCUCUCGUCCGUCAUCAGUCGAAAUCGUGACUGAGGGGAGGGAUGGCAAACAGCGUCGGUAUCAGGAAGUUCGUCGACGAUCUGCUAAACGCAGUUCCACAACCUCCAGCAAGAACCCACGAAUGGACAGUCCUACUUCUCCAUCAUCGCGAAGGCAUAGGAGAUCGCGUCCAGAAGCGCCAGAGCCACCGCCAACAAGGUCGGAAGAUGCUUCUGUCCAGCAACAAUACGAAGAUGUCGAAAGGGUGCUGGCUGCUGACGGUACGGCAAUCUACAAUCAGCCGCCAUCUCUAUACAUACCCAGAGCGAUUGGCGAGAAUGAGCGACUAUCUUCGGCACGACGAUCAUCGUUCUCGAGCGUCUCGGCGGAGGUCGACGCAUCCGAAGAGCCACGACGAUCUGCCUUGCGGGACGACCGACCACCAAAUCUCAUCAUCGAUACGGGCGCCUCAAUGACCGACACCUCCUCCUCUGUACGCACCUCCGCUCCUGGCCUCAGCAACUUGCCACGCUUCUCUCAAUCUCGCCAUGACUCUGCCAAUGAGAUCCCCAUCCGGACCGUCAGAGGAAAGCAGCCCGUACGCGCAGACUCCACUGCCGACGAUGACGAGCAGCUCUACCGUCGGAGUCGCGAUGAGGAUGAACGACAAGCAGACGUCGAACGAGAACGACUAGCCACAUCUGAACGUCGGCGCCGCCGAGCCAUUGACGAUGACCAGGCACAAAAGGAACGCAGUCGACUUGCCGACUCUGCACGCCGCCAGCAAGAAGCCGUCGCCGAAGACCAGGCCGAAAAAGAACGCAUUCGCCUCUUCGCCUCGUUAAAACGCCAACAACAGGCCAUCGACGAAGAUCAAGCCGAGAAGGAACGCAAUCGACUCGCAGCUUCCCAACGCCGCCAUGAACAAGCUCAAGACGACGAGCAAGCUCGCAAGCUUCGCGAUCACAUGGCGGCAGGCGAAAGUCGGCAACGUGUACGAGCCGCUCGAGAAGCGGAAGCCGCCGCUCUCAAACGAGCGGAGGCUCACGAGCAAGAGGAACGACGCCGUAUCGCGGGGGAGGAAGCCAGGCGAAUGCGUCAUCGCGAUCAUGCUGCUUCCGCGCUGGAAAGACCAGAGGUGGACGCCGCCACGCAGCGAAGGAUGGACCACGAAUACGACCAUCUCUUGUUCGAGAGAGAUGUGGCCGAGUCCAUACGUCGCUCCGCCGAAGACGCUCGGUACGAAGCACAAUCUAGCGUACUACGCCCGCCUGUCAUCUCAGCGCGCGUGUAUACACCGUCCCAACUAUCAGAAGUCUCAUCGCCUGUGACCUGGCCGCCGGCAGUCCACAACUACACCCCAAUCUCCACCUCGAAUUCAUCAGCCGGUCCAUCUACGCUCCGGCAGAAAGGAGAGGCGGUCAUUCGAUGGGAGCAAGGCCGUGGCCAGACAGAGCGACAAAAUGCCACUACGGGUGAAAGACAACGGAGAAAGCAACGCGAAAACGAGAGCAUCGACGCGGCGAUGGAGGAGAUGGAUGCGAGGAUGAAUGCAGGCUUUGGGAGGUCACAGUCUGUAAGGGAGCGUGAAAGAGAGCACAGGUCUGAGAGGACGCAGUAUUAUCGAUAG